UGGUCUUAUCAUUUGUUCAUUCCUUAUCUACAUUACAGAAUAUUUAAAAUAUAGUCGGCAUUUGGCACUUACAUGUUGACAUAUUCAUAUUCUUUAUAUCAUGUGUAUGGAGUCAUUCAGCAUAUAACAAAAAGAAGAAGAAAUUAGGAGCAAAGAUUCAAUUUUUAUUUUUCAAGAAUCUUCAUCCUUUUAGUUUCUUGAUUUUUCGCGCUUUUUAAUUAAGACAUUCAUUCAAGAAAUGCAGUUUGUUUGUUGAAAAGAAUAAAACAGAAUCACCCUUGUUUGUGUAUUUUGAUAGAAGUUGCUAUUUUCUUGAUCUUGAUCUUGACUAGUCGUUUUGGCGAAAAAAUGAGUAUUCAGAACUAUGAGUUAGCAAGUGAUUGCAACUUAGAGUUCCCACAGAUGGGAUUUUGUUUCCAGCCUGAAAACUCUGCAGAAAAUGGUUGUCAACAGCAGCAGCAACAGCAGCAACAGAAUUUUUGGCCUAGUACUGAUUCAUCAUCAUCGAGAACGAUUAUAAGUCGAAUAGGAUCAUCACCUUCUGCUUUUUUUGCUACAGAGAGGUACCUUGGAUUAACACAAUAUGAAUACCAAGACAACAAUAAUAGUUGUUCUCAACUAUCCAAGAAUCUUGGUCCUCAAACUACGUCGUUUACUCAGCAAUGUGGAAAUGGAUUCUUGGCAGAUUCAUCAGCACGAGUUGACACCGAUUUUCCUAAGAUUUCAAUGCCAUCAUUCAUCAGAUCACAGUUUUCAAGUAGUCAACCAUUUGGUCCUGAAGGACUCUAUGGAAAUCCUUUUAGUAAUCUAUCAGAGAAAGAGAGGAUUUUGCUUCUUAAGAGUAAGUUGUUUAGAGAAAUUGACUCUUCAAAUAGGCAGCCUGCUUCAAUCCCUUUUCAAGGAAAUCAAGACUAUGGUGUCUCAAAUAAUACAUGUGGUUUUAACUUGGUACAUAUAAGGCAACAAUCUGGAAGUCAAUCAGCAAAUAGUUUUAACAACUCUGGAUGUUCUGGAGGAUCUUUAUCGAGUAAGGCACGAAUCAGGUGGACUCAGGAUCUUCAUGAUCGAUUUGUUGAGUGUGUAAAUCGUCUUGGAGGAGCUGACAAGGCGACGCCAAAGGCAAUACUAAAGCUGAUGGAUUCAGAAGGAUUAACAAUUUUUCAUGUAAAAAGUCAUUUGCAGAAAUAUCGAAAUGCAAAGUUCAUCCCUGAAUCGACAGAAGGGAGAUCUGGAAAAACAGACAGCCCGAAUAAUGUGUCACAGAUCGACAGCAAAACUGGAAUGCAAAUCAAAGAAGCAUUGCAUAUGCAACUAGAAGUCCAGAGACGCCUUCACGAGCAACUAGAGAUUCAGCGGAAGUUACAAUUGAGGAUCGAAGAACAAGGGGAGCAGUUGAAGAAGAUAUUUGAACAACAACAACAAACAACUAGGAGUCUCUUGGAGACGCGAAAUUCAAGUAUUUCGUCUCCUGCUGAUCAAUUCACCCCGCACGAAGAAGAAGUUUUUGCUGCAGAAAGCUUCAAUAAUACUCAUUUCCAAUCUAAUAUAAGUUACAAUGACAUGUAAACAACAUUAGUUUUACAUUUUUUCAGCUAGUUUUUGAAAGAGAGUCGACGUUAGCAUUUCUGUAGAGAUAAUUUUGCCUCCCAAGCAAACUACACAAAAAAAAAAUGUAUAUUACAAAGUGCAGACAUAAAUAUCAUGCAAAAACUUAAAGUACUUCAUUCAUGCUAUAUGUUCAAUGGUGCUCUGGUGUGCAUAAGGAGAAAUUUGACUAAUGAUAGUUAUUUAAUAAGGUGAUCUUGUAAGUUGUAAUAUGCUUGUAUACACUAAAUUUUGUCUUUGCUUCUC